AUGAGUAGCACAAAGCGUCUCACUGAUGCCUUCAGGCUUCAGUUUCAGUGGGUUCCGGUGCUCAUCACCGAUCGAAGCCAUCACACAAGCGGAGAACGCAAACGCUCCGUCCUGUUUGCGGUGCUACAUGUCACGUUCCUGCUGGUUUUAUGUGGCCACUUUGUGAACGUAAUGGCUUCGUGGGUGCUCGCGUUCAUCCUGCAGACCGGAGCGAUGGGGCUGUGCGUGCUUCAUCUCACCAUACUUGAAGAAUACGCGGAUCGAAUGAACAAAUCACUGGAGCUAGAGCACGUGAUCAACCCUCUCAUCAUCGCAGAGGCCUCCGUACGAUGCUUUGCUUGCCUGCAGUGUGUCCUCAGUCGCUCGUGGCUACUUCUCCUUGCUGGCUGCGUAGAGAUUGCGUACGACGUCUACGUGGUGCAGCACCGCUCUCUGCUGAUCGACGGGACGACGAUUUGGAAGGAGGUUGAUAUCUUUCGCACUGAUGGGCGGCUCCGUGUGGCAUAUCAGCUGUUGAUGAUUCCUGUCUGCCUCUUGUACCUCAUCUUUUCUAUUUACAGCUCGUAA